GUUAUUUGGAGUCGUUAGUGGAUCUGACGUCUGAGUAAAGCAUUUGUGAAUACGGGUACCCGAAACCAUGCAGUUUCUUUGGGGCGUACGUUGUUUAUUGGCUGUGCUAUUGCUGGGCACAGGUCAAUCCGAGGCGGUGUGCGGAUACGAGUCAUGUCCGGAUACAAAAGCAAACAUGAUCAAUGUACAUUUAGUGCCGCAUUCGCACGACGACGUCGGCUGGCUUAAGACAGUGGAUCAGUAUUAUUAUGGAGCUAAGAACAAUAUACAACACGCCGGAGUCCAGUAUAUUUUAGACUCGGUGGUGGCGGAACUUCUUAAGGAUUCAAAGCGUCGAUUCAUUCAGGUGGAGACCGCAUUCUUCUUCAAGUGGUACCAGGAGCAAACGGAGCAAGUUCAGCGGCUGGUCAAAAAACUGGUCAACGAAGGUCGCCUGGAGUUCACUGGAGGUGCCUGGAGUAUGAAUGAUGAGGCCGCCGUUCACUAUCAGAGCGUCAUCGAUCAGUUUUCUCUCGGCUUAAAGGUUCUUAAUGACACCUUUGGAGCAUGUGCCAGACCACGUAUUGGCUGGCAGAUUGAUCCCUUUGGUCAUUCCAGGGAAAUGGCAUCCAUAUUUGCCCAGAUGGGCUACAACGGUGAGUUCUUUGCCCGCAUGGAUCAUGUGGAGAAGAAACAGCGACUGAACGAUGUAGCUAUGGAAAUGAUUUGGCAAUCGAGUGAGUCCUUAAAGGACUCGGAUAUCUUUACCGGACUCCUCUACCGCCACUACUCGGCUCCUCCUGGCUUCUGCUUCGACAUACUCUGCAGUGAUGAGCCUAUCAUCGAUAGCAAGAGCUACGACAAUAAUGUCAAGUCUCGAGUUGAUGACUUUAUCAACUACGUCAAGACCCUGUCAAAGUCUUAUCGAGCUACGCAUGUUAUGGUGCCGAUGGGAGAUGACUUCCAAUACGAGGAUGCUGAAAUCAAUUUCAAGAACAUGGACAAACUGAUUAAAUAUGUCAAUGAGCGACAAGUGGAGGGAUCCAAGGUGAAUGUGUUCUAUUCGACGCCCUCGUGCUAUCUCUACGAGUUGCAUCAGAUGAUGCAAACUUGGCCUAAUAAGACGCAGGACUUCUUCCCAUACUCGAGUGAUUCACACUCCUACUGGACGGGCUACUUCACCUCGCGUCCAACCCAAAAGCGAUUCGAACGGGAUGGCAACCACUUGCUUCAAACCGUGAAGCAACUGAGCGCAUUUGCCCAUUUGACAAACGAGAAGCAGACCGAAGAUUUGGAUGCACUGCGUCAGGUGAUGGGUAUCAUGCAACAUCACGAUGCCAUCACUGGCACUGAGAAACAGGCCGUUGCCCGUGAUUAUGAUCGUCUCCUGACCGAUGCCAUCGUCGACUCCCAGGACAACGCUCGAGAUGCGCUUCGUGUCCUGACCAAUCUAACGACCGGCGAGUUCGACAGCUGCCUUGAGCUGAACAUAAGUGUCUGUGCCUUCACCCGGGAUAGUGCCAACAAUGUGGUGGUUACUCUGUUUAAUCCCUUGGCCCAUCCCUCAUCCCAAUAUGUACGCGUGCCCGUCAAAAAGGAUAACUACCUGGUCACGGAUGAGAAGGGUCACGAAGUUCCUUCGGAGGUGGUGCCAGUGCCAUGGCAAGUCCUGGCAAUCCAGUACCGUUCAAACAACACUCAACACGAGCUGGUCUUCAAAGCAUCUGUGGACAAGAUUGCCAACUUCUACAUACGUGUGAUGCCCGCUCCAAAGGAUGCUGAGAUGCCGACUCUCACUCGCUUCGAGAGAUUGCACUCCAUCAAGCAAAAGCUAUCCAGGGCUCGUCCCGACGAUAGAGCCGACGCAGAUGCGGAUGAAUUCGUAGUCCAGAACUCGCUAGUCAAGCUGGUAUUCCUGAGUAAAACAGGACGGUUAAAGACGGUGGAGAUGAACGGGGUAUCGGAAAAUAUUGAGCAGACCUUUGCCAUCUACAAAGGAGCUCGAGGCGACAACGGAGCAUCCGAAAGACGAUCUUCUGGCGCAUAUAUUUUCCGGCCCGACGGGGACGUCAAUAUUCUGGCAGAUAAGGUUGACUAUACGGUUUAUGAGGGUGAUCAAGUAAAGGAGGUUCAUCAGCACUUUAACCAAUGGAUCUCGCAAGUGGUGCGCAUCUAUGAAGGCAUCAGUCGGGUUGAGUUUGAAUGGCUUAUUGGUCCAAUUCCAAUUGAUGACGAUACUGGCCGAGAGAUUGUCACCCGCUUCAAAAGUGAUUUAUCCUCGAAUGGCGUCUUUUACACAGAUUCAAAUGGUCGUGAGAUGAUCAAGCGUGAAAGAAAUAAGCGGGAAUACUUUGAACCAGAUAUGUCCGAGUCUGUGAGUGGCAACUAUUAUCCUGUUACAGCUCGAAUCGCUCUGCAGGAUGAACAAAGGCGAAUUGCUCUUUUGAACGAUCGUGCCCAGGGCGGAUCUAGCCUAGAAGAUGGUCAGCUGGAACUCAUGCUUCAUCGCCGCCUUCUUAACGACGAUGCCUUUGGCGUGGGUGAAGCCCUGAACGAGCAACAGUUUGGCACAGGUCUGAUCGCUCGUGGUAAAGUUUAUCUGAUCCUCAACUCGGUUGCGGAUAAGUCAACUUCUGUGGAACGCUUAGCUCAACAGGAAAUUCAUUUGCCCUUCUGGAAGUUCUUCAGCGGCUCAAACACCGCCAGCGCGGUGAAACCCCAAAGGAUUCCCGAUUUCAGCGACUUCCCUCAGUCGGUUAAUCUACUUACCUUGGAGCCCUAUUCCAGCAACGAACUUUUGAUGCGCGUUGAGAACUUUAUGGAUGAAACGGAGGGACACAUCGUCAGCUUUAAUAUUCGUCACAUCUUCGACACGUUGGGUGGCAAGGAGAUUCGGGAAACCACAUUGGAUGGCAACAUGCCGCUAAGUGACAUGAAGAGGUUCAAGUUCCACCACGAUGGCUCAAUGCCAAAGGCGCUUGAAUACUUCACCUCUCCAUUUGACCCGUUGCACUCUUACGCGUGGGACGACUCCUCCAGAUUCAGCGUCACAUUAAAUCCCAUGCAAAUUCGCACCUUUAUCAUAAAGUGGCAAUAAGAUUCCUCCGCAUUAAUAAAACAAAUAUAUCGAAAGUUAA